CGCUAGUUUUAGAACGAAUUCAAAAGGGCUUUAGCGCCGUGUGACCGUGUCAAUUGAGAGUGAGCAACUGAGAAAUCUAUCUUCUAGACUUCUACUACCCCACCUAAAUUUUCUCUCUUUUUUUCCAGAAACAAAAACCUUCCUUCUACAAUUUCCGGCGUAAUCCCAAUUUUCCCGACAAAUCAAAAUGGAAAACCCUAAUGUUCAACAGAUUUUGGAGAAGCAAGUUCUAACAGUGGCGAAAGCAAUGGAGGACAAGAUCGAUGAUGAAAUUGCAGCCCUAGAUCGCCUCGAAAGCGACGAUAUCGAAGUGUUGAGAGAGAAGAGGAUUCAACAGAUGAAGAAAAUGGCGGAGAAGCGUAGCCGUUGGAUCUCUCUUGGCCAUGGCGAGUAUUCUGAGAUUCCUUCUGAAAAGGAUUUCUUUUCUAUUGUUAAAGCCAGUGAUCGCGUCGUUUGCCAUUUCUAUCGCGAGAAUUGGCCUUGUAAGGUAAUGGACAAGCACUUGAGUAUUUUAGCAAAGCAGCAUAUUGAGACACGCUUUGUAAAAAUUCAGGCUGAGAAAAGUCCAUUCUUAGCUGAAAAGCUGAAGAUUGUUGUCCUUCCAACCCUUGCUAUUAUAAAGAAUGCAAAAGUUGAAAAUUAUAUGGUUGGUUUUGACGAGCUUGGUGGGAAAGAUGAUUUUAGCACAGACGAAUUGGAGGAGAGAUUGGCUAAAUAUCAGAUUAUCAUCUUUGAGGGUGAAUCAUCAGUAAAGUCUUCCCGAUCCCUGGGACAUACCAGAAGUGUGCGACAAAGUGAAACCCAUGAUUCAUCAGAUUCUGACUAGAAAUAUCUGAGCUGCAAGCACUUUGGAGGCCUAGGUCACUUAGUUUGUCUUCUUGAUUUCAUGGCCAAUUUGGAUUUGAUAUGAAUGCAGGGAAGAGAAAGGGGAAAGCAGAGCAGCUUGGGAUGAGGAAGGGGAAAGAGGCUCCAUUUUUUGGGGUGUAGUUCUUUUAGAUUUGGUCGUGAUCAAGUGGAGUUUAGAUUAUAUAUUGCUCUUUAAGUACAAAACCGAAUGGCCUAGAGCCUGGCCUCUAUGUUAGCUAUAUACAUAUAUAAUAAGUAGUCCACACAUUUAUAUUGAUAGGCUACUUAUUGGUAGCAAUAUGUACGCAUUGCUGUGUCCUUUAUUAUUAACAUUAAAGUACCUAUCCAUCCAAGUUGACGAGUUUUUGAUAAUGUUGUGUUUUUGACUGGUUGGCCUGUACUUUUUAGUGCUAUAUUGAUUUUCUGAAAUGGUUUGAAUGUUGA